ACUAAGCAACUCAAAUACUCAAUCAGAGCCAGCAACCACCAUUAGCAAACAUAUUCAUACUUACCAAGAUUCACCCAUUUGAACUAAUUGAAGCCCCAAUUUUGUAGAGAUCGAAAUUUAAGAGCGAUUCUGAAAUGGGAAGUUUAGGAAUUGAAAAGCAAAUUAUUAUGGAAGUGUCAAGUGACACUACUUGUACUACAGCUUCGUCAUUACCUCUUCUUUCCCUAAACCAUGUUUCUUUUAUCUGUAAAUCCGUCGCUGAUUCGGCCCGAUUUUACGUUGAUGUUUUGGGCUUUGUUCUUGUUCAACGCCCUUCUUCUUUCCAAUUUCAAGGAGCUUGGCUAUUCAACUAUGGAAUUGGGAUCCACUUAUUGGAAUCUAAUAACCUUGCACGAAAGAAGAGCAAAAUCAAUCCCAAGGAAAAUCACAUUUCAUUUCAAUGCACCGAUAUGAAAAUGGUGGUGACAAAGUUGGAGGAAAUGAAAAUUGAAUACGUGACAGCACAAGUAGAAGAAGGUGGUAUUAUAGUUGAUCAACUGUUCUUUCAUGACCCAGAUGGUUACAUGGUUGAAAUAUGUAACUGUCACGUUUUACCUAUAUUACCUAUUUCUUCUUGUCCUAUUCAAAUGACACCCAAAAAUAUCGACACUUCUACUACUACUAAUACGUUAACGUCGUCUAGUGUUGAUCGAAGUCGAGAUCCAAAGCUGUCGCGUUGCUCUAGUGAAGUAGAGGCAAAGUUGAUGGAGAGCUUAAUGACGGACAUGAUUAAUAUCGCAUUUUAAAUUUUGUAAUGUUCUCUUUUAUUUCUUUUGAAUUUUGUGAAGUUCAAUUAAAAUAAGGAUUUAUAUUC